UUUUGCCUUAUUGCUACAGAGACAGCGAGAUGGGUCACCAGCAACUCUCCUGGAGCUAUCUGAGGAAAUUCGGCCAGGGUUCUCGUUCUUGCUGCGUCUGCUCAAAACGCCAGGGUCUGAUCCGGAAAUACGGUUUCAACAUGUGCCACCAGUGUUUCCCUCAGUAUGCCAAGGACAUAGGCUUCAUUACGUUGGACUAAGUAAACUUCCAUGAACGGAUCAUUGAAGACAUCUACCUUAUGACAGAAUGCUAUCUCUUUGUACAUAAAAUUUAAAAUA